UCAGACUCUAAAACCUGAGAAAACUUUUGUAAGUUAUGAGUGCCUUCUUCUAUCAUUAAAAGAUCUUUCAGUCAAGAUUUUCUGUAGUAAGUGUGAACUUGAGCACCACCACCGGGCAUUCGUCAUCACUCUUCCUUCUCUUUCCACUAUAAUCAUGGGCCCUAAGCGUGGUGGUACUCGUAGAGGGACCCGACAGUCGUCUCGACUUCGGGGACAGGAUCCCCAUCCUAAGCCGGAGAAUGAGCCAAAUUCGGGGCUAACACCGGAACAAGUUGAACAGUCUUAUGUAGGAGGUCAGACAGGGGCUGUACCAGAGAUGGCUACUCCACAAAUGGACCCCAACUUUCAGCAGACACUGGAGUUAUUGACUCAGGCCUUAUCCAGGACCGGCCAUUCCAGAGAUCCAUCUUUAAAUUAUGCUGAUCAAGCUAGGAGAAUUGAGGCAGUAGAGUUUGAUGGUGAUGGUGAUGGUGACCCCGCCAUGGAGUGGAUAGAAAAGAUGGAAAGAAUCAUGGAUGUGAUGGAUGUUCCACAGGGACGCAAAGUAGUGCUGGCUACUUUCUUUUUGUCUAGAAAUGCAAGAUAUUUGUGGGAAUCCAUGAGGAGACGAUACCAGGAUCCAUCAACCAUUACAUGGCAAGUGUUUCGGACGACAUUUGAUGAGCAGUUCAACCCACUAGCCUACCAAAAUAUGAAGAUGGAGGAGUUUCUUCAGUUGGAAUAG